UACUUGCCUGGAGCUCUAGUUGUAAAUGUUGGAGACCUUAUGGAGCUCGUCACCAAUGCCAAGUUCAAAAGUGUUUACCACAGAGUAUUGGCAAAGACUGUAGGGCCAAGAAUCUCAGUGGCAAGUUUUUUCAGAAUGCAUUAUCACGAAAAAAGUAAAACUAAAGUUCAUGGACCAAUCAAGGAGUUAUUGUCUGAAGAAAAUCCACCAAUCUACAGAGAAAUCACCAGUGAAGAGAUUCUUGUGACUCGAAACACCAGAGGCACAGAUGGGGUAUUACUAUCACACUUUAAGAUGAAUGCAAGUGCCACUGAGUGAUAGAAAUCAGCUUCAAUAAUUUAAUUGCUUUUGCAGUGUUUUCAGCACAUCUGUUGAGGAGGUACCUCUAGUGUUUUGUUUUCCAAAUAAGAUUUGUAAUUUUAAAUGUCGGUAAUUGUAAUUUUCAGGUUUCAUUUUAGCACCUUCAGCAACCUUUAUUUAUUUAACUAAUAAGGCUCUAGUUUUGGAUU